GCUGAUGGAGUCACGCUGCUGAAGCUCUUCGCAGACACUCUUUGAUUAAGUCUCAGUGUUGAACAGUUAGAUUAUUCUUGUCAUUACCUACAAAGAUAUGGAUAAAAGUUUGACACUAGCUUCUUUGUUUGGUAUUGUAUUUGUGCUGAAAGUAACGGAAUAAUGCAGCUUUGACAACUUCAAUCGUUCCGUAUACCUGAAAGCUGAUUGGCUCAGUUACACGUCGGUUCAGCGUCUGACAAGGAAACAAAUUCUCAGUUCUUCACAGUGUGCACCAGUACAUCUGCAAAGCAGCUCUGAUAUGACUAAAAGAAGCCUAUCUCUUCAGCUGGUCCAAAGAGCUUAGGUACAGAUGAAAAUUACCAUUCCGAAAUGUGACAGGAUGUUGAACCACCACUGCAGAAGGAACCCUGAGCUUCAUGAAGAGCUGCAGAUCCAGGCUGCAGUGGCAGCAGGGGAUGUAUACACUGUUAGGAGAAUGCUGGAGCAAGGAUACUCGCCAAAGAUCCGCGAUGCCAAUGGCUGGACACUGCUUCACUUCUCAGCAGCCAAGGGAAAAGAGAGAUGUGUUCGAGUUUUCCUGGAGCAUGGAGCUGACCCCACAGUGAAGGACUUUAUUGGUGGCUUCACCGCACUUCACUAUGCAGCAAUGCAUGGCAGAGCACGCAUUGCCCGACUGAUGCUGGAGUCAGAGUUUCGAAGUGACAUUAUAAAUGCCAAAAGUAACGAUGGCUGGACGCCGCUGCAUGUGGCCGCCCACUAUGGUCGAGACUCAUUCGUGCGGCUGCUGCUCGAGUUCAAGGCCGAGGUAGACCCUCUGAGCGACAAAGGAACCACGCCACUACAGCUUGCCAUAAUCCGCGAGCGCUCCAGCUGUGUACGGAUCCUCCUUGACCACAGCGCCAACAUUGACAUUCAAAAUGGCUUCUUGCUACGCUAUGCUGUCAUCAAAGGCAAUCACUCAUACUGCCGCAUGUUCCUGCAGAGGGGAGCGGACACUAAUCUUGGACGCCUUGAAGAUGGCCAAACUCCCUUACAUUUGUCAGCUCUAAGGGAUGAUGUGUUGUGUGCCCAGAUGCUCUACACGUAUGGAGCAGAUACCAAUACUAGGAAUUACGAGGGCCAGACUCCGGUGGCUGUGUCUGUCAGCAUGUCAGGGAUUAGCCGGCCUUGUCUGGAUUUCCUGCAGAAGGUCACAAGACAACCUCGGACUCUACAAGAUUUGUGUCGAAUAAAAAUCCGUCACUGUAUUGGCCUUCAAAGCUUGAGAUUCUUGGAGGAUCUACCACUUGCAAAGGUUAUGAAAGACUAUUUAAAACACAAGUUUGACACUGUGUGAAGCAAUGACACAAGAAUAGGAGAGAUGACAAAUCUCUUAAGAGACUAUGCAAUCAUCCUCAUCUGACAGGAAAGGUACAGAAACCAAUUGUGAACUUGUUCACAGGGCUUUUUCUUCACCUAGUUCUCAGUGCAUUAAAACAUUUUCCCCACUUUUAUUCAAACUUUUUACAAUAAGAAAAGUUGCCCAAGAAUGGAAAUGGAUACACCUCAAGUUUGUUUGUUUUUUGUGGUUUUGUAGAAAAGAGAAACCUCGUUUGACUGCAGAAAACAUUCUUGCUGCACUUAGGAUUUUUACUCUUUCUUUUUGUAAAUGUGCAUGAUGCUAUUCUCCAUGGGUAUACUCAAAGUGUAUUGAUUGUCAUUUUGUUUCUCAUUAAACCUUGUUUAAAACAAA